AUGGUAGCUUUAUGUCACGUUCUUCUCUCCCUUCCUGCCUUGGUCUCAGCUUGGUCUCCUACAGAUUCCUAUGCCCCUGGUAUCGUGGACUGUCCGGCAUAUCUUAACGAGUCUUCCUACAAUACUGAUAACCAUUUGGGAUUUAUCCGUGCGGCUACAAAUAUUUCAUCAAAAGAAGUAGAAUGGAUGUCAUCGAGAGAUAAUAUAACUAAUGAAAAUCUUCGGUGGUUCCUUGAACUUGCAAAUAUGACAGACUUCGAUACUGGAAGUUACUUAGACCAGUUAUCGACCUUAUCAAAAUCAAACACGUCUGUUAAUGCCAAUCCAAGAAUCGCCUUAGCGUUCAGUGGUGGUGGUUAUAGAGCCAUGAUAAAUGCUGCCGGACAGAUCUCUGGUCUUGAUAACAGAACUGAUGGAGCACUCGACCAUGGACUUCCAAUUCUCCAGUCAGCAUCAUAUGUCGCCGGUCUUUCUGGUGGUUCGUGGUUUUUGUCAACAUUGGCAUUCAACAAUUGGACUUCUGUUCAAGAAAUAGUUGAUAAUGCUGGUAAAGAUGAUGCCAUCUGGGAUCUUGAUCACAGUAUCAUCUCCCCUGGAGGUAUAAAUAUAUUCAAAACAGGAUACUAUUGGUAUGAUAUCAAUGAAGACCUAGAUGAUAAAAAGGAAGCGGGCUUCAAUAUCAGUUUAACUGACCCUUGGGGAAGGGGAUUAUCGUAUCAGUUCUUCCCUGGUCUAAAAGAUAAAGGUGCUUCUAUGACGUUUUCCUCUUUGAGGGACUUCCCCGUCUUCAAAAACCACUCGAUGCCAUUUCCUUUGGUCGUUGCAGAUGGAAGACGUCCAGGAACUUAUGUCAUUGGAAAAAACUCCACCAUAUUUGAAUUCAACCCAUUUGAGAUGGGAUCAUGGGAUCCAUCAUUAUACUCAUUCACUGAUUUAAAAUAUGUGGGUACGAAUACCAAGAAAGGCUUUCCUUCCAAUGGUUCGUGUAUUGCCGGCUUUGAUAAUGCAGGUUUUGUUUUUGGUACUUCAUCCACUCUUUUCAACCAGAUUUUGCUUCAGUUGAAUACCACUGGUCUAAGUGGCACAAUUUACAAUUUAAUUGAAUCUUUCUUGGAAAACUUAAGUGACGAUGAGGAUGACAUUGCUGAAUGGAGACCAAACCCAUUCUAUGAUUCACCUUGGGGAGACAGUGACAACUUGAAGAACAACAAAUCUCUUUAUUUGGUUGACGGAGGGGAAGAUGGUCAGAACAUUCCGUUGUAUCCACUUAUUCAACCUGAAAGAAAGGUUGAUGUUAUUUUUGCUUAUGAUAAUUCUAUGGAUACAAACUACUCUUGGCCAGAUGGCUAUUCCUUAGUCCAGUCUUACGAAAGACAGUUUGGUUCAGAGAGUAAUGGAACAGCAUUUCCUUACGUUCCUGAUACGGACACCUUCUUGAAAGAAAAUUUAACGGCAAAACCUACUUUCUUUGGCUGCUAUUCCGAUAAUUUGACAUCUUUAAUAGAUUCUGUGGGAGCUGAUUAUACUCCACCUUUAAUAGUGUAUACUGCCAACAGACCAUUCACCUAUAAUUCAAAUACUUCCACCUACAAAAUGUCCUACGAAACCGAUCAAAUGCUUGCAAUGAUCGAAAAUGGAUUUGCUGUUAGUACAAGAAAAAACCUCACAUUAGAUGAUGAAUGGCGUGCUUGUGUUGGAUGUGCAAUAUUACAACGUUCUAGAGAACGACUCGGUUUAUCGAUGGGUACUCAGUGUAAGAAGUGCUUUGAUAAAUAUUGCUGGGAUGGCACUGUAUCAAACUCUUCGGAUUAUCUUCCAGAUUCGUUUACCAAUGAUGGUGAAUACGUUUCCAAUAGUACGGAAGACGAGUCUUCAUCCACGGCUUCAAGCGAUCAAGCUCCGGAAUCAACAUCGGCACCUUCAUCAAGGUCUAAAGGUGUUGCAGGAAAUGUGAUGCCGCAAAGCGUAGCAUCAAAAUUUGACAUAACUGAACAGAAGUAUAAAGCAAAGGCAAGAAAAAUAUAUUAUCUGGUUGGAAAAGAGUUUACGAAGAUCGCUGAAAUGAAUGAUCUUAGCAUGAGUGAGAUGAGUGCUCACUCAAAGGUUGAUGCCGCAGGGAAUCAAUUGGUUAUUGUGGUUAUAAAAGCUCAAGAUUUACCUAACAGAAGAAAGCUCGAUAAGCAAUCUCCAUAUGUUGUUGCACGAAUACAAGACCAAACCCAAAGAACAAGGGUAGUGCCUAGAGGUGGGCAGACACCAAUAUUCAAUCAGGAGCUCUGGUUCUCACUAGAAAAUAUCGAAAGCACAACUGUCAAUCUAAUGAUCUAUCACCAACAAAAAAAAGACUCUGAGCUAGUGUGUCAGGCAGAUAUCGACUUUUCCAUAGCUUUAAGAAGAUCGACUAACGAAGGAUAUGACUCCUGGUUUGAUUUGGAAUACAAAGACAGGCCGGCAGGCAGAAUCUAUCUUGAAAUGACCUACUAUCCUUCCUCAGACUCGGUUCCGGUUAGUGUUGGUAAUAAUCUUACCGAUGUUUCCAAAAGCUUUUCCGAUACAGUUCCUGCUCUUGCAGCAAAGGCUAGAAUGUCCAAAAAUGCACAAUUCAGGGCGUCUAUUAUGCCCACACAUGAUGAAACAUUGCCGGCGUUGCCGGAUCUAGAUGAUUUAGAGGAUGAUGUCAGUGAGUUGAACAUUCCUGUGGGAAGUACCACCAGUAACAAAUCUUGGAAAAAGGAUUGCAAUGAUAAGGAUGCGGUUGCAAGAAAGCAAGAUACUAAUAAAGGAUGGCUUGCAAAGCUUCUGGAAAAUGCAUCCAACAAGACACUUCCAUAUAUUUUUGGCUCUCCCCCAAAAGCUAAACCCGAAGAGAAGAAGAAAAGCAAUAAGAUGAGCUUUCAACGUCAACUAUCUAGUCCUUCGUUGAUUGGUGAUGAUAUUCCUGGGCAGCUUUUUGUGGAUUCUAGUGAUGAAGAGGAUGAAGGAGGGGACGAUGAUGACCUUGCUGGUCGAAUAAGAGUUAAACCUAACAAUGCUUGGAUUCCUGAUGGUUUCUCCUCUGGUCGAGCAUCAAUAAAUGACACAAAAGAUGGUUCAAUGACUAAAACAACGGAAUUACACGAUGAUAGUGAUUCCGACUGUGACGAAUUCGAUGUUGGGCAAAAGGUAGAGUUUCGGGCUUCAAAUAGAUUUACUCCUUUAAAAAGAGCUGCAAAAUCAGAACCGUUAGGCGAAAGUCAACGUACAAGCCUGCAAUUUCGACCAGAGUGUCUUGACCGCGAAAGAAGAAUAUCUAGUUUGCGGCAGAGUUUCAAAAUAAAGCCACUCCCAGCCAUCAAAAAUUUGGAUGCAGGUGAUGAAAUCCCACCUCCUCCUCCAAAGCAUCUCAUACCGACCGAUCUGGAAAAUCUCUUUAGUACAUCAUCAGAGACAAGGGACGAAAAUAGUACUGGAAAAGCACCGUCAGUUCAGCCUCGAAAAGUCUCGAUUAGAACUCCUCCCUCCUUGCUUCAUGAUUUCGGUCAGAAUAGGAUAAGUUCCAAUGAUUGCAAAAGGAAGACUUUGUCAUAUUCGGAAAUAAGAAGAUUAAAGUUUUUGGGAAUGAUAAAUGAUUAA